GCACUUGGAAAGCUAUAAAGAUUCAGGGGAACGGGGAAGAGGAGAGUUGGGGAAAGGUAGGGACUGCUUGGGAGGAUCUGUGGCUGACUGGAUUCCCUGUCCCUUCAGAAGUGCCCAUGGCCAUUUGGGCAGAGACCAGUCAAUCAGAUGGGGGAUGACCUUUCAGCCCUCACCUGAAUCCAAACGUGGCUUCUCUGUCAGGCCAGUAUAGCAAGUAAAAGAACUCAAGACAAGAGAGAGCCAGGCAUGGAAGUUCACCCCACAGACAGGCUGUAAUUCCACACAAGGGACCAGUGUACAAGGUGGGUGGUGGCUGGACUGUUGGCCUUUGAUUACUGCACUGCGUUCAUUCACUAAGCCUGACAUUGAGUAGAGAGGCUGAGGGUGCUGGCCUGAAACGUUCCAAGGCUCCAGCAGAGGGAGCAUUGCUUUGCUAGGCCCCUGCAGUUGAGUACUGUAGGUGAUAGAGAUUUAGAAACUGGGGAGGGUUGUGUGGGGAGGUGUGCUAGGCGUGGGCCAGGAAAUGAGCCUUCAGUGAUGAGGGUGGGGGCUGAACAAAGAAGCUGCCACUUUAGAAGACAUGUCCCGAGGCUGGCUGGUAGGUCCCCAGCCUCCAUCCAGCAGGGCCAAGAGGCAGAUACCACCGAGGGCAGAAGCAGCACCUGGGAUUGUAGGGGCUUUGAGGCUGAAAGGAGACACCAGCCCAGUUUGUCUGGAAGCCAUAGUACAACAGCUCCCUGAAUGGCAGUGGUUCAGGCUGUCCCUCAAUCCCAAUCCCCUCCAGUCCUUUGGGUCCUGAGCUGCCUGGCUUUGGUUCUUAUGCUUUGUGCUUUGUGCACCACCUGUCACAGAAAGGGUAAAAGAAAGCAGCAGUCUUCCAUGAAGCUAGUGAAUGUGACCCAGCUUCGUUCACUCAGCAAGUCAGAUUCCAAACUGCAUGAACUCAACCGGAGUCCCCGAAACAGUAAAGCCCAGCGUCCUAUCAGCAUUGACCUUCUAUACCCACGAUGGCCAGGGGGGAUCAGGGCUGACAUCCAGGUGACCACAGUGCCUCCUGUCUUUAUUCACCGUGAGCUGCCCCAGCCCCCACUUGCUUCAGACUAUUUGGCCCUUGGGUCUACCUAUUCCAAUGUGAGGCUAGCAGCUACUCCGAGAGGUCCCCCCAUGACAGAAAGGGGAGAAGAACAGCUGAGGACUUCAGAGAAGUUGGUAAUGGCAGAGUAUGCCUGUGUACGGAAGAUCAAGAAAGGGACUGAGGUGGGAUCCAGCGUGACAGGUCCCAGCGAUUCAGGCCCUGAGGAGAAAAAAGCUCAAAAUCUGGAAAAAGCAGCUGAGGUGGAGGUUCUGUACUCCAAAAUCAGCAGGCUAGGCCGGAAACCCUUGGAGCCCACCGGGAACAGAGCUCUCUGUAACAAGAUGGACAGAGAUACUCAGGCACCCCUAAUGGAGACUACAAAUGAACAGAGCCAGAGUCCAGCCAUAAACUCCUCCUAUAGGAUUGGCAGUCCCACUUGGGGCAAGAAUACAGGAAAUGGGCACACUGAGAAUUUUUAUGAGAGUAUAAGUGAAAUGGAAGGACUUGGGCGGCCUAGGCUACCUAGUAGGGCACAGACUCAUAAGCCCUCUUGAGAUAUAUGAAAAUAAGGGGAAAAAUAAAGGCAAAAGGUUAUGUGUGUAUAAUCCCUGUGAUCCUGAGUUUGGGAUGGGGCA